AUGGUACUAUCAGCCCGGUACGCUAUCCACUACACCUCCGAGACCUGCGGCUGUUUAACGUAUCGUUGCGGUAAUGGUGUUCGCUCGAGCAGUGGUAAAGAAACGGGUACAACUAGCCAUUUGAAUCUUAAGCCAAUCAUCGGUCUCAACUCAGGUAAAGCAACGGGUACAACUAACCAUUUGAAUCUUAAGCCAAUCAUCGGUCUCAACUCAGUAUGUGAAGAUGGAGUAUGGAGAAUCCGCCACAACCGGGAGCUAAGAGAAUUAUUUCAAGACCCUGAUAUCAUUGGAGAAGUUAAGAGUAGAAGAUUAAGGUGGGUUGGCCAUAUCCUGAGGAGAAAGGAGGAGAGUCUACUGAAGACAGCACUCAGAGGAAAUCCGAGGGGAAGAAGACCAAUAGGUAGACCGAAAGCCAGGUGGUGGGGUCAAGUACGAAAAGAUUUGGAAAGGAUGAGGCUUGUAGAGGAAGAUGCAUGGGACCGAGACUAUUGGCGACAGCGUGUUGGCGAGGCCAAGUACCAGCUAGGGUACAAGUGGCCAUGGCAGUAA